AUGUCUGAUGAUGCCGAGGAUUUUGAAUCCAUAAACCUUGCAUCUGUGGCAAUUGAUACUCGGCCAUUAUCCCUGUUAGGCACAGUUCCUGAAUCGUCGGAUGAUGGGCUCGAUCCACAUGACUUCCUUACGCUGAACCAGAACGAACUAGUGAGCGAGUCAGUGCUUCUGGAUAAGAACGCCACUGACACAACUGUUCCUGCUGAUGAAGCAAUUAGGUCAGGCUCAUUGCUGACUAGUCAUUUGUACGAGAGCACCUUGAAGGACUCCAUGUCGCCUUCGCUCUUGCAAGGGGACGAUCUUCUGCAUUACGACCCCGAGAAUGGCUGGCAAACACAGCAGGACAAUGACCAGCUUCUUCAGUUUUUGCUGAACCAACUGGAAGCAUUGAAGAAGGAGAUGAGGAGGGAUUUGAAGAUUCACAAGGACUUCAUUGCUGAAGGAAGCGACUGCAAGCAGAUACGAGAGAUGAUAGGCAACCGCUUUCUUCAAAUGUCAGAGAACUAUUUUUCUUUGAAUGAAAUAUAUAACAAAGAAAGCUCUCUGCUACGAGGCUUCUUGCAGCAUAUUGAAAAGUGGGACAUGAAGCGAUCAAAGAUUCUCAAUCGUGUCAGGUCGAUCAAGAGUGAUAAGCACAACUUUGGUGUCAAGCUAGCGGAUCUUUUGCAUAAGCGAAAUGACAUUGACGCAGAAAUUGAAGAGCUCGAAGACCGGUUGCGAGUCCUCCGAGGUAAUAAAGCUGCAGUUGAUACUGAAAUAGACGAGGCUAGUUCUGUCUUGGAGAGUAAGUCCGCAAAAUAUGUCAACCUUUUUCGUGAGCUAGAGAAACAAGGCGAGAGCGUUCUAUCGGGCUUUUUAUUCUCAAGUGGCCUUCCUCAAACUGACCUACAAGUUCUUCUAAAGAAGAAACCAGUUGAUGCAGCAUUCCGGUUCAAUGGACCUGACUUAGACAGUAAGCCACUGGUGGCAAAGAAGCAGUCUACUCAAGUCUCUGAGGGAAAGCAAGCUCCACCCUCUCAACCCCAGAAGUCCACGCAAAAGCCGCCGCCUCCUCCGCUGCAAGCCAUGGGAGCUCAAGCAUUCGAAGUUCCCGAGGAGGAAAUCCCUAAUUAUGAGGAAAAGACCCCAUACGAAAAAGGUUUUGAAAAGGGAAAUGAACAGCUUGCAAAAGUCCGAGAGACGAUGAGUGCUUUCAUGGAGUCAUGGUUUGCCCGUAAAAGUGAACAGAAACUACGUUAUAAAAGUGUGGAUGAUCAACUGAAUACCAUAACUGAUAAGAUCGACCUAGAUCCUAUAGUCGAACUUCUUUCACAUCGGAUCAAGGCUUUCGAAGAUCUUGCCGUUGUUUCAUCCAAGCUUUCAGCUGAGUUACACAAUGAUGGGGAAUCAUGGCGAAGCAUUUCGAGCACCUUAAGCAGUAAGGAAGAUAAGCUCCUAGACCUUCUAUCUCAUUCGAAGGCAAUGAAUAAAGAAGUCAAAAACGUUCUUCAUUCGUCGUUCACUGCCUUGAAACAUGAAUAUGACGACAGGAAAGGGGAUCAACUGACGGACCGCACGACAUACCUUCCAAUUUUACUCUACCGUGAACUCAAAGCAGUUGCUUCAGCUUUAGAUUCAAUUGGAGGUGAUCCCAGCUAUAGUAGCAGGAUUUCGAGCGUCGACAGUUCGGUUCAUGAGGAAUCUCUAGAAAUGAGCACAUCGGUGAAACCACUACUGAAGUUUACAAUGACUAAUUAUGGAUAUCGGCCAACGCCAACUACAGUUGUUGAUACAAUUACUGAAAACGCAGGCGGCAGGAACGCUGAAACGUCUAAAAGUCCUUAUGAGAGAUCAACCAAAGAUCUAAAAAAUGAGUAA